UUUCAUUUUGAUACGCGUGAAUCGUAACGGGACAACAUGGCGACACAAACGGCUCGCUUUUACAGUGAAGGCGGCAGAGCGACAAAACGCCAGAAAACGGAAAACGAAGGGGGAAUGGCGACCGAAGGAUAUACUGACCCACAUAAGACUCUUCCUUCUCUUGUGGUCCAUGUCCGAGGUUUAGUGGAUGGAGUUUUGGAGUCAGACAUUGUUGAAGCCCUCCAAGAGUUUGGAACCAUCAGUUAUGUGGUACUCAUGCCUAAGAAGCGCCAGGCCCUGGUUGAAUAUGAGGAUAUGAAUGGGUCUUGCAACGCUGUUACUUACGCCAACGACAACCAGAUCUACAUUGCUGGACAUCCUGCAUUUGUGAACUACUCUACCAGUCAGAAGAUUUCCAGACCGGGGGAUCCUGAUGAUGCCCGCAGUGUCAAUAAUGUUUUGCUUUUGACUAUCAUGAACCCCAUUUAUCCGAUUACCUCGGAUGUUCUCUAUACGAUUUGCAACAACUGUGGUCCUGUUCAAAGAAUCGUCAUCUUUAGGAAGAACGGAGUCCAGGCCAUGGUGGAAUUUGAUUCUGUUCAGAGCGCCCAAAGAGCCAAAGCCUCUCUCAAUGGGGCUGAUAUAUAUUCCGGUUGUUGCACUCUAAAGAUAGAGUAUGCCAAGCCAACACGCCUUAAUGUGUUCAAGAAUGACCAGGACACAUGGGACUACACCAAUCCGAGCCUGGGCACUCAAGGUGGUUAUCCCGGGUACCCAGAUGAGAGCUAUGGCUAUGAGGGUCGACGAAUGGGACCUCCUAUGAGUGCUCCACCACCUCCGGGGGAGUAUGGCGCACAUGCAGACUCACCUGUGAUCAUGGUGUACGGUCUGGAUCCCGUAAAAAUAAACGCUGACAGGGUCUUCAACAUCUUCUGCCUUUAUGGCAAUGUGGAACGGGUGAAGUUCAUGAAGAGCAAGCCUGGAGCUGCCAUGGUGGAGAUGGGAGACUGCUAUGCAGUGGAUCGUGCCAUCUCGCAUCUCAACAACAAUUUUCUGUUCAAUCAGAAACUUAAUUUAUGUGUAUCUAAACAGCAAGCCAUAAUGCCCGGUCAGUCAUAUGAGCUUGACGAUGGCACCAACAGCUUCAAAGAUUAUCAUGGCAGCAGAAAUAACCGCUUCGCUACUCCUGAGCAGGCUGCUAAGAACCGCAUUCAGCACCCCAGCAAUGUCCUCCAUUUUUUCAACGCAGUCCCUGAAGCUACACCAGAAAUGUUCACCAGGCUCUGUGAAGAACAUGGUGUGAAGAACCCCUCCAAUAUCAAAAUUUUUGUAGCCAAAGGCAACUCACCAGACAGGAGCUCGUCAGGGCUUCUGGAGUGGGAGUCUGUUAAUGACGCCAUGGAGGCCCUUGCUAUGAUCAAUCAUAACCAGAUGAAGAACCCUAAUGGUCCAUACCCAUUUACACUCAAGCUGUGUUUCUCCACUGCACAGCACGCAAACUAAACAACGUCCUGUCCUCUGUUUCCACCAUCGCCAUGUCAUCACUUCACCUCCUGCUUCUUUAUUAUCUUCAUUUGUACGAGUGUGUAUGCAGACGUGUUGCGUUUAUCUUCUGUUGAUCGAGUCGAGGCACAAACUGGGAGAGAAACUGACUGAACUCAUUGUUUUUAAUCGAAGACGAGAGUUUAAAAACGCUUUUGUACCAUUAUUUUGGUUUUGUUAUCUUUUUUUAUUGCUUACCAUGAUUGACUGUUAGCUCUGUGCUCAGCACCUCUUUUUAGAAACAUCCUCCUGUAAAGAUUGCGUUCUUUUGUUUGGAUUGUACAAUAAAAUUAGUGAUAACGGG